UCCGAAGGCGGAAGUUUGUGUGCCGGAGGCAGCGAAGCGGAGCUGAGGUGUUGCUAGCGUUGCCUGCGGCGCUUCCGGGUCCCUGCUCCACUCUCGGGAGGCGGAGGCGGGAACCUGAAACCAUGGCUGUGAGGCUGCUGCGGAGUCUGACAGGGUCCGGAGGCUGAUUUUGCGACGCCUGUCUGCGGGUCCCCUGAUCCCGGUUUAGGGUUAUCUAGGGUCGCGCCGUCCCGGCCCCUAGACCCUCAAAAUGACCGCCGCCUCCACCUCCAAGUGGGGGCUGGUCACGAACGUCGUAAACAGCAUAGUGGGGGUCAGCGUACUCACCAUGCCUUUCUGCUUCAAACAGUGUGGCAUUGUCCUGGGGGCCCUGCUCCUGGUUUUCUGCUCCUGGAUGACACACCAGUCUUGCAUGUUCUUGGUGAAGUCGGCCAGCUUGAGCAAGAGGAGAACCUAUGCCGGCCUGGCAUUCCACGCCUACGGCAAGGCUGGGAAGAUGCUGGUGGAGACCAGCAUGAUUGGGCUGAUGCUGGGAUCCUGCAUUACCUUCUAUGUCGUGAUCGGUGACUUGGGGUCCAACUUCUUUGCUCCGCUGUUUGGAUUACAGGUAACCAGGACCUUCCGUGUAUUCCUGCUCUUUGCAGUGUCCCUGUGCAUCGUCCUCCCACUCAGCCUGCAGAGAAACAUGAUGGCCUCCAUCCAGUCCUUCAGUGCCAUGGCACUCCUCUUCUACACCAUCUUCAUGUUUGUGAUUGUGCUGUCCUCUUUUAAGCAUGGCCUCUUUAGUGGGCAGUGGCUGCAGCGGGUCAGCUACAUUCGCUGGGAAGGCGUUUUUCGCUGUGUCCCCAUCUUUGGCAUGUCCUUUGCCUGUCAGUCCCAGGUCCUGCCCACCUACGACAGCCUGGAUGAACCAUCAGUGAAGACCAUGAGUUCCAUAUUUGCCUCCUCCCUCAACGUGGUCACCGCCUUCUAUGUCAUGGUGGGGUUUUUUGGUUACGUCAGCUUCACUGAUGCCACCACAGGCAACGUGCUGAUACACUUCCCCUCCAACCUGGUGACAGAGAUGAUCCGAGUGGGCUUUGUGAUGUCUGUGGCUGUCGGCUUCCCCAUGAUGAUUCUGCCCUGCAGACAGGCCUUGAACACACUGCUAUUUGAGCAGCAGCAAAAAGACGGAACCUUUGCUGCAGGAGGGUACAUGCCCCCACUCCGGUUUAAAGUCCUCACCCUCUCGGUGGUGUUCGGAACCAUGGUCGGUGGCGUCAUGAUCCCCAAUGUGGAAACCAUCCUUGGCUUCACAGGAGCAACGAUGGGGAGCCUCAUCUGCUUCAUCUGCCCGGCUCUGAUCUAUAAGAAAGCCCACAAGAAUGCCCCCUCAGCCCAGGUGGUGCUCUGGGUCGGCCUGGGCAUCCUUGUGGUCAGCACACUCACCACCCUGUCUGUGAGCGAAGAAGCUCCUCUGGACUUGACGCAAGGAGCUCGCAGCGGCCAGCGAGGAGAUGCCGAGGGCGCGAUGAAGGUGGAGGCAGCCCGGCUAUCAGUCCAGGAUCCCGUUGUAGUCAUGGCUGAGGAUAGCCAAGAGAAGCUAAAGCCAGCAGAGGACAAAGAGGUCCUGGAGCAGGCCCAGAUUAAGGGGCCAGUGGAUGUGCCUGGAGGGGACACUCCCAAGGAGAAGCAGGAAGCUGCACAGCUGGAUCGCCCAGGUCAAGGUAUUGCUGUCCCUAUGGGCGAGGCCCAUCGCCACGAGCCUCCCAUCCCUCAUGAUAAAGUGGUGGUGGAUGAAGGCCAGGACCAAGAAGGGCCAGAGGAGAAAAAGCCACCUCCCAAGCUCCCAGAUGAAGGAGACCCUGCAGGCAGGGGGCAGGGGGCACCACUUCUGCCUGAGUCAGAGAAGAAGCAGGACCCUGAGAGGGGAGAGGAAGGAAAGAAACCUGAGCAAGUCCUGGCAGUAGGGGGAACUGAACGUCCUCAGAAGAUUCCAGAAGCAAAUGGUCAGCCACCUGUCCAGCCUAGGAAGGAAGAUUCCAGACCAGGAAAUAGGGAUCUGCAUCCAGUUCCCCAGGCCAGGGUUUCUGUGGAGCUGAAUGAUCUGGUGGCAGGUGAAGGCAAGGAGUCUGCACAGAAGGCUGGAGGGGCCCCGUGGAAGCCCAUGGAGAGUGCCGUGGAGAGCAAUGUUGGUGGGAAGGCGGGCCUCGCUGUACAAAGGCCAGAGGCUGCAGAGCAGAGGGAGAAGAAGGAGGCUGAGCAACCGGGUGGAGACCAAGCAGGGAGCAAGUUGGAAGCUGAGAUUAAAAAGCUAGUAGCAGAAGCUGGGAGGGCAGAGAUGCUGGACCAUGCUGUCCUGCUACAGGUGAUCAAAGAGCAGCAGGUUCAGCAGAAGCGCCUCUUGGACCAGCAGGAGAAGCUUCUUGCAGUGAUUGAGGAGCAGCACAAGGAGAUCCGGCAGCAGCGACAGGAGGGUGAGGAGGACAAACCUAAGCCUGCAGACAUGCAGCCAGAGCCUGGGGCGGCUGUACUCAGAGGACAGGAGGAGGAGGCUGAGCAUGCUGGGGCCCCAGAUGAGCAUGCUGGGGAGACACUGGAAGAUAACCCUUCACAGCCUUUGCAACCUGUGCUUGGAGCUCCUAGGGGUCUUCCUGCUGGUGGUUCUGACACAGAGCCCCAUGGGGCUUCAAGUAAGCUGAGAGAAGACCAAAAAGGUGCUGCCCUCAAGGUGGCUGAAGCUGUGAGGAAGCUGGUCCCAGGGGACUUGGAACCAGUGCACAAGCCAGACCCUGCUGAGGUGCCCAAGAGUGCAGAGAAGCAGCUUGCCAAGGAGGUUGCCAGGCAGCGCCAAGAUGUCUUUGGUGAAGGUUCCCAAGAAAGGAAGGAAACUGGAAAGGACGCAGUGGCCCCUGGUGCUGAUACUCAGAAAGAGGCUGCCCAGCCUUUAGUGGGGGCAGAAGCUGAGGACUCUCACUCAAAGUCCAGGCACUCAGAACCCACCAUGGUCCCAGCUAAUGGGCCAGCAGGUAUGGGCUUUCAGGCCCAAGCCAGGUUUCAGCAAGAACCCCAGGCCACCUUUGACAAAGGUCAGGAUUCUCACCCAGAGGUAAGAAGUGAGGGCCCCCGAGGGGUUGGCAUCCCUGCUGAGGAGCAGCACAGAGGAAGAGGGGCUGCCGCCAUGCAAGAGGAAAAGCAGAGACCAGAUCCGAAUUCUGGGCCCAAACCAGCUGUGCCUGGGGAUCAGAAGCCUGAGAAUGCCAAGCCUAACAGAGACCUGAAAGUGCAGGCUGGCUCUGACCUGCGGAGGAGACGGCGGGAUCUCGCCUCUUCUCCAGAGCAGGAGCUGGCUCCAAAGGAUGGAGUCAUCAUUAGCUUUAACUCCCUCCCUAACGUCCAGGUGAACGACCUCCGCAGUGCUCUGGACACCCAGCUCCGCCAGGCUGCAGGGGCCGCAUUACAGGUGGUGCACAGCCGGCAGAUUAAACAGUUGUCUGGAGAUCUGGAGGAAGCCUGAGAACCUGGUCAGGGGAAGGCUGCUGCUAGACAUUGGACGGCAGGCAGCCGGUGUCCUCUGGUGGCACCCUGACUGGAGGCCACGUUGUUAUGUUCCCAAGUCCUUCAUGAUGAGUUGCGAAAGUCUACCCUGCCACCCCACCCUAGGCAUCUGUCCCUCUGUGGCUGCACUUGCCCCAAGGACACACCAAAGCACGCACUGGCCCUAGUAUGGUGGGUCUUGAGCCAGCCCAGGAAAAGCAGUGCUACAUACAGUUCAGCUCCAAUGAUGAACUGCGGCACCUGGGCUGUUCAGACUCAGUCUGGCAGUGCUGACAGCAAAGCAGGCAACUUUGAAGUUGCCAGUCUUCAUCUAACUUGCAACCUGUGACAGCCAGAUUCCACUGACUAGAUAAAUUCCAUGUUCUCCAUAGAAGGAAACCUGCAUCAGGGAUGUCUGUCUGCCCUGGGGUGGGUAGGACUUGACUUGGGUUGGGAAAGGAGGCACACAGCCCUCCUGGUUUUUAUCAUCCACAUUCUUUGAAGCUGAUUAUGAAGCAAAAAAUAAAACACCACUAACAAGUAGUGAGUCAAGUUGGUUUACCUAAAGGAAAACACAUUCAGGAUCCUGGAUGAUACCAAACCAGCUAGAGGCUAGAGGUCAUGGGGAUACAUGCCCCAGCCGUCUUCCUGAACCAGCUGAGUGCUGCUGGGGAAGCAACAGGCAAGAGGCGCCCGUGCUGAUCCCUGUUGUGGGGAGGGGUUGGACAGUGAGCACAGGCUUGCCACCAGCAAGCCCUGGGAUGUAUCUGCACGGCUUUACUCAGAGUAGAGCUGCCCUCUGUCCAACUGCAGCUGUCAGGGUAGUAUCCUGGGAGUCAGAGCAGGAAGACAUGACUGUUGUCUUUGAGCAGAGAAUACUUGAUAUGUUUUGUCACUCACUCCCUUGCCCAGUAAGGAGACUGAGGGACAACAGCCUGGUUUGUCCCCAAGCCCUGCCGUGAAGGGCCUGGAAGCACCAGGAGCCUCAGUGGAAUCAUACUUGGACCAGGCCACACCCUAUUGUGUACCUGUAUUUUAUUACAGUUUUUUUUUUUUUUAAUUUA